AGGCAUGUGGUAUCUCCAGCGAUUCGAAAACACGGCAUCCCUGAAGCAGAUGAUGCUUGCGGACAGCCACGACGUCCGUAAGACCUACCUCUACCGUCUCAGCCAUGACAAAGGCCUGACUCAUUUCAAGAACAUCCUGCUGGUUGGUUCAGCGGACGACUAUAUCGUCCCGCUCCACUCGGCGCACAUCAAGUUGGCCAAGCACAUCGUCAGGGACACCACGCCCUUAGGCGCCGCGUACAAGGAGAUGCUGCGCAACAUCCUCAAGCCGCUCAUCGACAAGCCGGACCUGAACCUCGUCCGGCUGGUGGUGCACGUGCCGUUCCGAAGCUCGCUCGUCUCCUCCAACGUGCACAUCGCCCCAUUGGACUGCGAGAUACUCGUCCAGAAGAUCGCCCUCGUCGCGUGCGCCAGGCAUCUCCUCUGAGAUGCCCGGCACGCGCCACCCAAACGACAGAAGCGCCCUCUGGCAUACAAGUCUACAUUCGCACACACGCGGCACACUUUUCGCGCGAUAUCUGCGGUGUUACGCAGGAAAUGAACAUGGUAGAUGACAGCAUGUGGACCAGGCCCACAAUCGAUUAGGACUCGCAGUGUGUUGAUGUGUACAUGUACCACGCAUUCUAUGGCAGCAGUACUAGCGUGUACAUCCAUAUGUCAAGCAUAUGCCCAGUAUGUGCUAGCGUACAA